UUAAAAGAUAAGAGUAUUAUCUCGUUCUAGCAAUUCUUGCAAACACUCGAGUACGAACUUUACUAACCGUAGCUACCUUUUUUGAUGUGAUCUUUAUGUUGCGCUCAUCAGUAGUGCGCCAGUUUGUAGUGCCAAUUAACCAAAAUGUGGUUAAAGUACUUUGUUAUUUUUGUUUUGUUUAGUGUUAGUAUUAAAGGACAAGAUGAUGGACUUCCACCAGAUGUAGAAACUAUCGAAACCAAUGUAAGUAAUGCGGAGCCAGAUUUUGGGAAACCUAUUCCGGUGGAGGAUACACCUAAUGGGGUGUCUCCAGUGAAUCCAAACUAUGAAGUAGAUAAAUCCCUAGUUAAUAUAAGCAAUAGUUUGGUAAAUGUGACUAAAAAUCCCAGACGGACUUAUCAGACUGUUAACAAACUGGGCAAAUAUUCGACAUUUUAUGCUGCAGAUUACGAUCCUAUGACCUCAGACACUGCUCCACCAGACACUGACCAACGGGGAGGAGGGACUCCAUACACUAUAACCGAAGCGAGAUUGGCAGAAAUAAGGAAACAUAUGAUGUAUCCAUUUUUCGAUAAGGGAGGCAGUGAUAAUAACUUGGGAGAUUUCCAAAAGGACAUUCAAUCUUCCAUUCCUCAGGUGCACAAGAAUCUAAACUUCCAAUUGCCUUUCUUUGGAUUCAGGUAUAACUAUACAAGAGUGUCAGUGAAUGGAUAUCUGGAAUUUAGCGACCCACCUCCAAAUUAUGACUAUCCCUUAGUAUUUCCUAUUAAAGAAUGGCCCAAAAAGAAUGAUCCUGCCUUUAUUGGUAUUUUCUUCAGCAGAUGCAGAAUCGGUAAUCUUCGUGAUGGAGAUGUCGAUCAAAGAACACCAGGGGUCUAUUUUAGAAUGGAAAGGGAUUUAAGAACCAGACAAGACAGAAUGGGUGUAGAAAUUAGAGAAAGACUUAAAUGGGAUAUCAGAGAAGGCGUCAUUGGAUCUGACACCUUCGAUCCUAAGCACGCCGUGAUUGUCACUUGGAAAAAUGUUUCCUUCACUGGAGGAUUCGCUAAUGCUAAGUACAAGACGAACACCUUCCAAAUGGUUCUUGCAACUGACGAAGUAUUCACUUACGCGAUGUUCAACUAUCUCAACUUGGACUGGACCUCUCACACUGAAGCCGGUGGUGAUUCACAAAACGGAGAAGGUGGUGUUAGUGCUUUUGUUGGUUUCAACGCUGGAAAUGGUACCAGAAGCUACGAAUAUAAUCCUUACAGUCAAGCUUCCGUCAUUCGAGAUCUUACUUCAGUUGGAUUUGGAAAUGGUUUUAAGGGAAGACAUAUUUUCCGUAUUGAUGAGGACAUUUUGCUUGGAUCGUGCAACAAAGACAUAGAUGGUGCCAACCUUCCGCUGAAAUUCGCUCCAGAAAGUGGUAACAUGUUGGGAGGAACCGUGGUAAAUAUAACAGGUCCAUGCUUCAAUUUGAAUGAUAGGAUUCGAUGCAAGUUUGACGUUUCAAAUGAAGUAUUCGGUUAUGUUGUUGAUAAAAACAGAGCUAUAUGUGUACAGCCCCAACUGUUUGCCGAAGGAUGGGUUAAUCUUCAAAUUGCUGUAAAUUCUGAAUCAUUCAAGUGGAAGGGAAAGUAUUAUGUGGAAUCUCCUUCUAGUGCAACUCAAAAAAUCUUCUUCAAGGACAUGAAAUACCACGAAAAAUCUCCGAGUGAAUUAAAAAUCACUUGGGAGAAGCAAAAUUUAACCACAAAUGAAAACGCUAACAUCCGAAUUUCCCUCUGGGGUUACAGAGAAACAACUAUGAAACCAGUGUUUGUUUAUAUCACCGAUAUCGCAGAUAGUGUUCAAAACAUUGGAGAAUACACGAUUGUUCCUUCUCAGUAUAGAACUAGAGUAAACCAAUUUUUGACUGACAUUAAGUUUGGAUUCCUCCAAAUUAAUUUAACUGAGUCUAUUAAAGUUAAUACAUACACUACAACCCAAACAAACAUAGAAUUAACACCAGUAGUAUGGAGCCGGCCCAUUCCACUCGGUUGGUACUUUCAGUUCCAAUGGGAGAACCAGUACGGCAAAAAUUGGCCCAAAGUUCUAUGUGACGAUUGGCUGAGAACGGACAGGUAUCUAAAGAACUUCGCUCAUGAACUUGCUCAGUGUCCUUGUACCGUGGAACAGGCUUUAGCUGACAAGGGCAGGUUUAUGCCUGAUUUCGACUGUGACAAAGAUUCGAAUCCAAUUUGUUACUAUAAUAACCAAGCACUUCAUUGUGUGAAAACUGGAUCUCCCACUUUAGAAGGCUCUGAACAACAAUGUUGCUAUGAUAAAAACGGCUUUUUGAUGCUCUCGUACGAUCAACAAUGGGGUUCUAGUCCGAGACGUUGCCACAACUUGGGUAAAAUGCCUUACAAUGAAGCGACAAAAGUUCCAACUCUCUCACAAUGGUUUAAUGAUAUGGUACCCAAAUAUUUAUGUUGUCUUUGGCAAGAAGAGCAAGCUGUGGGAUGUGAAACACUGAGAUUUGAACGUAGACCAACACAAGAUUGUGUAGCUUACCAAGCACCAGGCAUCGCAGGAGUUUAUGGUGAUCCACACUUUGUUACUUUCGACGAUGUAGAAUAUACGUUCAAUGGUAAAGGGGAAUUCGCAUUGGUGAAAUCAGUUACACAAACAGACAAUCUGGAAAUCCAAGGAAGAUUCGAGCAAAUUGACCCUAACGCUUAUGGUGAGGUUAGAGCUACUCAGCUGACAUCUGUAGUAGCUAAAGGUAAUAACACAAUAGCAAUUGAAGUCAGAAGGCGGCCUUUAGAUUCUAGAUGGAGAUAUAGGUUGGAUGUUAUCGCAGAUAAUAGAAGACUUUAUUUCGAUAGACCUUCACUGAAAUUCCAGCACUUCCAAGGAGUUACUAUUUAUACUCCAACCUACAUCCUUAAUCAAUCAGAAGUUAUCAUUAUGUUUGACAAUGGAGCUGGAAUGGAGGUUGUCGAUAAUCAAGGAUUCAUGAGUGCAAGAGUAUUUUUACCUUGGUCGUUUAUAAAUAAAACCAUAGGCCUUUUUGGAAAUUGGAGUUUCAACAAAGAAGACGACUUUACACUUCCAGAUGGUUCCAGAGCAGCAAUAGUCUCUAACAUAAAUGACAUGGAAAGGGUUUACAAUGAUUUUGGUUCCAAAUGGAUGUUGGAUGAUGUGUUAGAUCCACAAAAGGGUAGAGCGUUAUUCCAUAGGGAAUUCGGAAGAACUUCAGCCACUUACAACAACAAAACGUUCAAGCCUCAAUUCCUAAUGACCCCGGAAGAUUUCAUACCAGCCAACCGAUCUGCGGAUAUUAAGCGAACAUACGAAAUAUGUCCUCUAAGGAUGUACGAAUGUUACUACGAUUACGCUAUGACGCUUGAUAGGGAUUUGGCACAUUAUACCAAGAAUUAUAAAGCCACAAUAUAUCAAUAUAAAGAAACUACAAGGACCAAAGUUGUGUCUUGCGGUGUACUAGAAACACCGAGGUUCGGACGGAAGAGUACUUUCCUGUUCGUACCUGGAACUAAGGUUACCUAUGAAUGCAUUCAGGAGUUCGUUUUGGUAGGUGAUCAGCGGAGAGAGUGUCAAGCGGAUGGAACAUGGAAUAUUCCUGAAUACGGAUACACUUAUUGUUUACGUCAGCAAGAAUACUCCCAACGACAGGCAGGUCUCGCUUCCGGGAUAAUUAUGGCAAUUCUUAUACCGCUCAUCCUGCUUUUCGUUUAUCUAGCGUAUCGUUUCUUACAAAAAAGACAGAAAGAGAAAGAAGCUGAAAAAUUAGAAGAGCAGCAAUUUAUGGAUCAACAAAGAAGAGCCCACGAAGCAGCUACUAAGAAGUUAACAGAAGCUGAAUAUGCUUCAGAAGAUGAAGACAGUAAUGUUACAAGCACGGGCGCAAAAGAAACAACUGUAUAUUAACACCUAUAAAAUACAAUGAUUCAACCUAUGAGUUGUAACAUUUUAAAGUUAAACAUUAGCUAAAAGCUUUAUAUAUAAUAAGUACUAGAUGUAGUUAAUGUAUAAAUCGGACUUUUUUAUUGUAGGAUUAAAAAUCCACUCAUGACUAAAUUCAAAACACUAUGUUUUAUUCAAUAAAGUGUAGAUUUUUCUAUGUUUAUGUUCCAUGCAAAGUGUGGAGUGUCAGAUAUAGCAUUUUUAACCACCACGUAAUAUCCUCUUCUUAUAGUAAAUUCAACAUUCUUCAAGAGUGCUUAGGCAUUGAAGUGUAUGCCUAUCUAAUCCUGCAAUAUCCACCACUUUCUUCAAUUAAAUGAAUAAUACAAAAGUGGAAAACACAUUAUAAAUUAUUCAAUUUCAUAUAACCAGGUAGAAUGUAGUUUUCUACCUGGUUUAAAACUAUUAUCUAAAUUAAUAUAUUAUUCAGUAUUCAUAUCACUCUUCCCAAGUUUACAUUAACAUCAAACUCUAUUGGUGGUGUUAUAACACUAGAGCUAUAAAACAUAGAGCUUCUUUAUUUCAUAAAUAACGGUUUGUUAAUCCACCAACUUCUUGCUUCUAUUUGAAAAGAUGAAUCAAUACGCUUAGAUGCUCAUACAAAAUUUCACGUAGAAUCGUUUCAAACAAGCCAGUCAUACUUACAAUUUGUCCAAACGUUUGCCUACAAACUGUAUUUAGCAUAUAAUAAUCUUAUACUAGCAAGAUAGGAAAAUAUCUAAUCCAAGAGGCAACAAAUAAAACACAAAACUAAUAAAAUGAAACGGCUUAUUGGAAGGCAUACAAAGUGGAAAAUGAAUGUACCUAAUUAUGCAAAAUUUUUUCACAAACCAAAACAGUAUCCCACAAAUUUUCCAAAACAGCAGGAUUCCAAAUAUAAUUAUGUCUAUAAUGUAAUUGUUAAAACCAAAGUGGGAAUCUCUUAGACAACUUAACUCCGAUUUUUUAAUGAAAAAGCCACAAUAAAAACAAAAAAAAGUAGUUGUUUGAAAGAUAAGUUCGUUCACACAUACCAUUAUAUUAGAACUUGAAAAAAAUUCGUUGUUAAAACGCCUAAGAAAAACAAAAAUUGAUUUAGUCAAUGAAGGAUUCCUUCUAGAAUGUUAUAUGUUAUGUAUUACGUAUAAAAUAUUUACGUAACUUAGUAUACUUCACUUUAUUAGAAAACCUAGUACAGUUCAUGUUAAAUCUCAAAUUUACUAUUAUUAUCUACGUAGAUUAGUGAUAUUUGUAUUAUUAAUAUUUUUGUAUUACAUGUAAAAUUUACAACAAUAAAUCUAAAUAAAUUUAA